AUGGCGCCGAAUCCCCCUUCUGACAAGCCUCUGCCUCGUUCUUUGACUUGUCCCCGCUUGGCUGCUUAUCCGCAUGUGGAUCCUGCUUUACUUCUCUGGAAACACCGACUGUUCCGCGCAAAUAAGACCUUGUUCGGCCAUCUCCAGAAGACAAAAAAGAAAGUUGCCAAAGCUGAUGCGGUCAAUGGUUUUCUAUCCGACUUCCUGAAACGUCUUUCUGACGACCUGAAAUCCACUAUGUCAAAAUUAAAGAAGAAAACUCACCUUACACAAGGACAUGUCGAUGCGCUAAACAAGCUACGACUGGAAUUCGGAGGAUUACUCCAAGUUGUGUGCAUUAAUCUCAACACGGCCAAUGUGGACACCUGGAAGUUGAUGGACUCUCUCUAUGAUCUCCAAAAGCUUUGCACGACCAUCAACAAUACCAUCGCUGCACUCGAAGCCGUUCAAACUGACGACACUGUUGCCGCAGAACAAGCGAUCAUCGCCAGUCCUCCUGAAGCGCAGCCAAUUCCAGGUCCCUCACUCUCCGCAGAGUCUGUCAUCACCAUCAAAGAAGAAAAGGACGAAAAAAUUCCCAUUAUCUACCCUAUGGAUCCCCCACCUCGCCCAACAAAACAAAAACUUGAGCUAGUCUCCAGCCGCAAAGGGAAGCAGAAGCAAAAGAAGAGAGAAAAAGCACUCGCUCGAUCAAUGAAAUCCUCACGAUCCCCAGAACCCUCUACAGACCCAGUCAUCAAAGACGAGGAAGAAGAAAAAGUCUCCACCACGGAUCCAACCAUCACCACAUUGCAACCACGCUGGAAGUUCAAGGGCGUCACUCUCAAGAACAACUUCGAAGCGGCCAUGGUCAUGCGUCACAUGAUGGCCACACCGGAACCAGUCUUGAAGCAAAACGGCGUCUCUCUCAAGAAAUACUUCAAAGAAAUCAGCGGCCGUCGUCACAAACUGGGUUGUCGCCAGUCAAACAACACGCAUGGUAUCAUCACCGCCUUCCUCGAAGGCCUUGACAACGACCUCUAUCGACGGCGCAUUGCCCGCUGGCUGAAACAUGAGACCUAUGAAUGGCACUGGCUGGAGCAUGUUGUUAAUUUGCUCAUUGAAGAGGAGAAGUACUUCGAGAAGCAAGACUACGCACUUGCGCACCAGUUCGAGGAUGGAUCGGUCCUGUUGCCUGAUGGAACGAUUCAGCGCCAUUUUGUUAUUCUUGAGCCUUUCACCGAGGCUGACCUGUCUUCUUCUGAUGAGGAAUAA